GGUGGGGAUGGGUGCGCCUGCGCCGUUUCAAAGCCCUGCCCCAAACUGCCAACACUUCGCGCAAGCGAAGUAGAGCUUCCUUGCCUGAUAUUACGCGUGCGCACCUACAGGCCUAACCCCGGAAGACCAUACGCUUGCGCAGUGAGAACUACGGUGACCGCACACCCGGUGGGGCGCUGGCCAGUCAUGGCGGAACCUUGGUCUGGGCAGUUUUUGCAAGCUCUGCCCGCUAUGGUGCUCGGAGCGCUGGGCACCCUGGGCAGCGAGUUCCUGCGGGAGUGGGAGACACAAGACAUGCGAGUGACUCUCUUCAAGCUGCUCUUGCUGUGGUUGGUGUUAAGUCUCCUGGGCAUCCAGCUGGCGUGGGGGUUCUACGGGAACACAGUGACCGGGUUGUAUCACCGUCCAGAUCCCCACCCUCAGCCUCCUGCAGCUCUGGGUGUGUUCCUGCCUCCAGGUCUGGGUGGCCAGAAUGGAUCCACACCUGAUGGCUCCACACAUUUCCCUUCAUGGGAAAUGGCAGCAAAUGAACCUCUCAAAACCCACAGAGAAUAAGGGAAGGCAGCAGCAGAAGGGUCUCCAGAGACAUCACUGGGUCUGCUGGCUCCUAUGUUGCAUCCUGCUGCUGCCCAGACCCCCUUGGACAACUGCAGGGGGCUUGGGGUUGGGGGACUGGAGUACCACAGUGCUUCCAGGGUGAGCCCCCAUUGUCUCCAGCCUUGCUUCCAACAGCGCCAGGUACUGGGCAGGUGAAGUUCGUCUCGACCCUGGUGUGUUGCCCUGAGACUUCUGUCAAGGGUCAGAGCUGAGAAGCAUUCUGGUUGGGGAGGUCAGCAGUCCCUUUUUCACUGUCUUUUUCCUGCCCAUGUCCUCAUGCCCUUGGGAUAUGAUCUUAUAGAGAUUGUCCUUCUAAGAGAAUCUUGAGGAUAAUCAGUUCUAAGAUUUAUAAGGCAAGUCUGUUCUCCCCUAAGCCCUGAUUUCCUUGGCUUUGCUUUGUAGGCAAGAAGCCAGCAAAUCCUGGCUAGACUAGAGCACCAAACAUGUACCUGGCCCAACUAGUCUUCUAGAUCUGAGGCAGGCAGAGGAAGUUAUCAUUUCCUAACUGACCUAUUUCUCUGUUCUGUGGGGGCAAGUUGAGUACCUGAAAGACAGAGUGCACUAAGAGUCCCUGGUAUUAGCUACUGUCUGCACUGCUCAAGUGCCCAUGGGGUGUUUUGGUUUGUACCUUGUCCCCUCCUAGGAGUCAUUGUGCCCUACCUCCUUAUCACUUCCCAUCUUGACAAGGGCCUCAUCUUAAGAGCCUGCUAGUAUCAUUUCAGCCCUUAGGAAUAUCAGUAAGAGUGAGCCACAAUCCAGAUAGCCCUGGGCUCUUCACAGUGGAUCGGAAGAGGUUCCAAAGGGGUGGGUGGCAAAUGUCCCCAGGAAAACACCAUUUCCUGAGAUCACUAUGGUUCCUAAAAGCACUGUGGCCCUGGAUCUGUCUUCUCUAAUGGUUGUACUUCUGCCUGUCUCUGCUGGUCACUAGCUACCUCAGACGCCCCACUGUCUCUGUUAAAUGUCACACAGCCUUCUGGCAACCUUUGUCUACAAAGACUGUAGCAGGUGUACUAUAAACGAAACCGUACUGAGCUCCUCAUACACAAGUACCUACUCCAGCAAUGCAUCUGUAUGGCAGAAAGAUGUUCUUCAUAGCCUCAGGUCCACCCACUGACAUCACUGCAAAGAGUCAAGGUCUCACAUUCCACCCCAGGAGCAACUGAAGAUGUGGCAUAUUAAACACAGAAGUGUA